UGCUACAAAUAUAGCGUACAAGGAUCAAAAUGACCAAAAUAUUUCACUAAAGAGGUAAAUAUACACUUACAUAGGGUUAACUAAUCUAGACUUAGAGUUUAGAGUUAAAGCGUUGGAUUUUGGAAGUGAUGUUUACAAUUUUUAAAAAUAAAAAAUAAACAUUAAAAAUUUUAAAAUAAAAGUUUUGAAAAUAGUUUCAAAAUGCAUUUUAGAAUAUCAAAAAGAAAAUUUGAAAAAAUUAAAAACUUUUGAAAUAUUUUAUUUUCUAAAUAUUUGUUUAAUAAAAAUGUUCAAAUUUGAAAACAUAUAAUUUGGAACAAUAAAUUAUUUAUUUAUUUAUUUAUUUUAUUAUUUGUUUAUUUGUAUUUAUAAAUCUAGGGUAUAAGGGUCUUUUCCUAUUUAAUGAAACAUUUUGAUCAUCUUGAUCUUGUGAGCUCUUUUGUGACAAAAACUUAGAAUGAUAUAUUUAAGAUAAUUUUCCAAUAAUUUAUUUUAUUAAUAUGAUUUUGAUAUUUAAAACUUUUAUUCUAAUAAUUUAUUUUUUAUUUUUAUGUCAAAAGUUGUUUUUUUGUCUGUUUCAUCAAAUCAAAUAUAAUAUAAUUUUUAUUUUCUUAUAUAAAUAUUAAUUAUUUUAUAAUACUAUAAUACUACUAACUUUUUCUUAUUAUAUCUAUAGAGAAACUAUUACUAUUUUAAUUACUUUCACUUUUAUUUAAGUUAUUAUUUUCAUCUUAAUAGUUAAAUAAAAUAGAAAAUAUUAUCUUUAAAACUAGAAUACUGAAAAUAUUUUGUAUGGUUUAGUAAAUUGAAUUUCUAAUAGUAUAAACAAAAAUUCACAAAAUAUUAUAAGAGAUAAAUAUAGUUAUGGUUUUAAUAUAAAACAAACUAAAACGAAAAUCAAUGAUAUCCGAACCAAACUAAUAAGUAUAAGGUAUGUAUGGUAACACGCGGAUCAACUGUGUUUUAAAAAAUAAUAAUAUUUAUCUCCAUUAACGACCCAUAAACGGGGAUUCAAAUGUUGAUUACAGACUUGAUUCGACUAAAACAAACUAAUUCAAAUUUUACAAAUCUAGCUUGGCUCAAUCACCACACCGGCGCGACCCGGAUCAACUGUGUUGCAGUAUUAAUAAUAACAAAUGUAAAUGUUUUGGUUAAUGUAAACUAAGUGUGGUGCGGCUCGUUACCAUUCGGAUCAUUAUAUUAAUUUAACCUUGUAGUUAAUUUUUUAUACACCGUAAUAGCAAAAAACCAAGAAAACUGGAUGGAAAGCCGGACCAAAAUAUGAAUUGACCACUAAACUACUUAAUUUUGGUUCCUUGUUAAUAAUAGUAAAAAAAAUUCUCAGACAAACAUCUAAAAAUGAAUUAAGGUUAAAAAUUUUUUAUCAGUCUUUUCAUUGAUUUGUUCAAGAGAUCAUCGUAAAAUUGCUCACCAAAACAAACUCAAAAUCAACGCGGAGAUUACAUACACACCUAAACUAGAUAUAUACUUAAAGUCAACGCGUUGUAAUUUUCAGGGAAUAUACGCAGCGGUGAGGUUACAAGACAGAAAUACCUAAGUUGACUGGUUCCCUUUUUUAAUAUCCACCACCUUUAUAUAUUUAUUUUUUCAACUUGAAACUCUCUUUCACUUGUUUCUCUGUUUCUUUAUUUACUUUCGUUUGAAUUUCACAAAUAUUUUUCUGGAUUAUAUAUAUAUUUCUGCCACCAUUACCAAUAAUGUUGAAUGUUUCCACAAGACAGAUAGAAUAUGUAGACAAGCAAGGGUAAGGUUACAAUCACCUGAAUAAUCUAAUGUUGAAGACUUGGCCAUCUUAAUUGACCAACACUAUUGUUAUCACAAUCUUUUGCCCAUCAAGAACAAUGAACAACCUCAUUUGAAACAGAACACACAACCCCAAAACAAGAAUGAAGUUUCUUUUUUGGUUUUUACCUUUCUUGAUCAUAGCUUUUGACAUUCUUGAAUUGGUUCAAGCUCAAGAUCAAACAGGGUUCAUCAGCUUAGACUGUGGUUUGGUACCUACGGAGACGAACUAUGUGGAGAAGUCAACGAAUAUAUCAUACAAAUCAGAUUUUAAUUACAUCGAAACUGGAGAGGCCAAGAAGAUCAAUGACGCGUACAGGACGCUGUUUCAGCAACAGACUUGGUCUUUGAGAAGCUUCCCUCAUGGUCAAAGAAACUGCUACAAGUUCAACCUCACGGCCAACCGCAAGUACCUGAUCAGAGGAACAUUUAUCUAUGGGAACUAUGAUAAUCUGAAUCAACUUCCAAUCUUCGAUCUUCACAUCGGUCCUAACAGAUGGACUACUGUUACGACCCUAGGAGUUACAAAUGGUUCAAUCCACGAGAUGAUCCAUGUCUUAACACAAGAUCGUCUUCAAGUUUGUCUUGUCAAGACAGGAGACACAAAACCGUUUAUUUCAUCACUGGAACUUCGUCCAUUGAACAAUGAAACUUAUGUCACGCAAAGUGGAUCUUUGGUCGCUGUCUCAAGAGUUUUCUUUUCACCCACGCCAACGUUCGUUAGGUAUGAUGAGGAUAUCAAAGACCGAACAUGGGUUCCAUACAUAGAUAAAAACAAUUCUGUAAUAAGAACUGAUGUUGCGGUUGAUACAAGCAACUUCUACAAUGUGCCACAAGUUGUGGCAAGAACUGCUGCUAUACCUGUAGAUGAGAGCCAGCCUCUGACUAUAGAUUGGACCCUGGACGAGGUCACUGCACAGUCAUAUAUAUACAUGCAUUUCGCUGAGAUCCAGAAUCUUAAAGCUAAUGAGACAAGAGAGUUCAACAUUACUUAUAAUGGUGGCAAAAGAUGGUUUGACUAUUUUAGGCCUCCAAAUUUCAGCAUAACAACUAUAUUCAAUCCAAGAGCUGUGAGUUCUCCUGAUGGGAAAUUCAAUUUCACUUUUUCCAUGACCAGUAACUCAACUCUUCCUCCUCUUAUUAAUGCCCUUGAGAUUUAUAAAGUCUUGGACCUUUCACUGCUUGAGACAAACCAAGAUGAAGUUCUUGCUAUGAUGAACAUCAAAGUAACUUAUGAACUAAACAAAAGACCUAGCUGGCAAGGAGAUCCUUGUGUUCCUCAGUCAUAUAGGUGGGAAGGUUUAGACUGCAGCUAUCCAGACUCCGAGCCACCGCGGAUCAUAUCCUUGAACUUGACUGGAAGCAAUUUGACUGGUACCAUAACAUCUGAUAUAUCAAAGCUAACACAGUUGAGAGAACUAGAUUUAUCAAACAAUGGUUUAUCAGGAGAGAUUCCAGCUUUUUUCGCUGAUAUGAGUUUGUUGACACUCAUAAACUUAAGCGGAAACCCUGAGAUUAAUGGCUCAGUGAUUCCAGACUCUCUUCAGAAAAGGAUAGAUAGAAAUUCUCUAAAAUUAAUUUUGGAUGGAAAUCAGAAUCGGACCACAAAAAGCAAGAGUAAAGAUGUUCCAAUUGUUGCUAUUGCUGCGUCAGUGGCUGGAGGGUUUUCUCUGAUAGUUAUAGUGGCUAUCAUCUUUGUGCUCACAAGAAGAAAACAGAAACAUCCUGAAGCUUCAGGACCAGUAUCAGUCACUACUGGUACUGCUAAUACUGAGACAAGAUCACCCAACCCAUCAAUCAUAACAAAGGAACGCAAGUUCACAUAUUCAGAGGUACUGAAGAUGACUAAUAACUUUGCGAGAGUUCUUGGCAAAGGAGGCUUUGGAACAGUGUAUCAUGGAAACUUGGAUGACACUGAAGUAGCUGUGAAGAUGCUCUCUCAUUCAUCAGCUCAAGGUUACAAAGAAUUCAAAGCCGAGGUGGAGCUUCUUUUAAGAGUUCACCAUAGACAUUUGGUUGGACUUGUUGGAUACUGUGACGAUGGAGAUAAAUUAGCACUGAUCUAUGAAUAUAUGGCAAAUGGAGACCUAAGGGAGAAUAUGUUAGGAAAACGCAGUGGCAAUGUCUUAAGCUGGGAAACGAGAAUGCAAAUAGCUGUAGAGGCAGCACAAGGAUUGGAGUAUCUGCACAAUGGAUGUAGACCUCCUAUGGUUCAUAGAGAUGUGAAAACGACUAAUAUCUUGUUGAAUGAGCGGUUUCAAGCGAAACUAGCAGACUUUGGGCUGUCCAGAUCUUUCCCAAUAGAUGGCGAAUCUCAUGUCAUGACGGUCGUUGCAGGAACACCUGGUUACCUAGACCCUGAGUACUACAGAACAAACUGGCUAAGCGAGAAGAGUGAUGUUUACAGCUUCGGUGUAGUCCUGUUAGAGAUGGUUACAAACCAGCCUGUGAUUGAUAAAACCCGAGUGAAGCCUCACCUUUCAGAUUGGGUUGGGUUCAAACUUACAAAUGGGGACAUCAGGAGUAUUAUUGACCCCAAACUUAUGGAUGACUAUGAUGCAAAUGGUGUUUGGAAGGUUAUAGAGUUGGCUCUAGCCUGCGUAAACCCGUCUUCGAACCGUAGACCAACGAUGCCACACGUGGUUAUGGAGCUAAACGAGUGUCUGGCUUUUGAAGUUGAAAGGAAAAAUGGUAGCCAAGAGAUGUACACAAAGAAUUCUACUGAGUUUAGCCCAUCCUCUUUUUCUGAUUUUUCACCUAUAGCGAGAUAAAUUGAAAGUGUUUGAUGUGUGUGAUUGUGGAGCUAUCUUGUUUGUAAUAAUUGACUGUUAAGAUAGUAAUGUACUUGACAUAGGGGCAGAUGGUCUUCCUCAAAAAGUAUUAGCCUUUGUAAUGUGCAAGUUGCUUGGAUCACAAGAAAUUGAUAUGAAAUGGAGUACUAUAGAAAAAGACAAAGACCAGGCUACUCUAUU